GGCACCCAGGCCUCCUGGCCGCCGCGGCGCACGGGCCAGGUGCGCUGCUUGUACACGGCCAGCACGUGCACCGCCAGCCGCCACCACUCAGGAGCCACCGCCUCCGACGCCGCCGCCGCAACCCGUUCGGAAUCCUUAACAUCUCUCCGAGAUGUCAGGCUGAAGGACGGGAUGAAACUGCACAUGAAGACUAUGGGGGACAAGAAGACACAAGAAGCUCUCCAUGGACUGCAGACCACUCGUCCAGCCCUCUCCACCUUCUGCUUCCUCUUCAUGAUCUUUGUGUUGUCCACCAUCCUCCACAGCCUCCGGCGCCUGGCUCUGGUGCCUGCCCCCUGGGCCUCUUCGGCCCUUGUGGUGUUAGCCCCAAGAAACCUGCCCCAGGAGGGCAUGUUCACCAUCAAUGUCAAAGGCCGCCUGGGGAACCAGAUGGGCGAGUAUGCCACGCUGUUUGCCCUGGCCAGGAUGAACGGAAAGCCCGCAUUCAUCCCCGCAUCCAUGCACAGCGCCCUGGCGCCCAUCUUCAGGAUCAGCCUGCCGGUGCUGCACAGCGACACUGACAGGAAGAUCCCGUGGCAGAACUACCACCUCAAUGACUGGAUGGAGGAGCGGUACCGCCACAUCCCGGGGCGCUAUGUGCGCCUCACAGGGUACCCGUGCUCCUGGACCUUCUACCACCACCUGCGCCCUGAGAUCCUGCAGGAGUUCACCCUGCACGACCAUGUGCGUGAGGAGGCCCAGGCUUUCCUGCGUGGCCUGCGGGUGAAUGGGAGCCAGCCGAGUACGUUUGUGGGUGUCCAUGUGCGCCGGGGGGACUAUGUGCAUGUCAUGCCCAAUGUGUGGAAGGGCGUGGUGGCUGACCGCGGUUACUUGGAACAGGCCCUGGACAGGUUCCGGGCACGUUAUCCAUCUCCAGUCUUUGUGGUCACCAGUGAUGACAUGGCUUGGUGCAAGGAGAACAUCGAUGCCUCCCGAGGGGAUGUGGCGUUUGCUGGCAAUGGCCUUCGAGGAUCCCCUGCCAGGGACAUGGCAGUGCUCAUGCAGUGUGACCACACCAUCAUCACAGUGGGCACCUUUGGGAUCUGGGCUGCCUACCUCACAGGUGGGGACACUGUUUACCUGGCUAACUUUACCCAGCCCAACUCCCCUUUCCACAUGGUUUUCAAGCCACAAGCAGCCUACCUGCCCAGUUGGGUAGGCAUUGCUGCUGACUUGGGACAAGCCCAGCGGAGGAACCUCUAGCCACACCUUAACCUGGGCC